AUGGCACAAGAAAUGUCACCACAAAAGAAGGAAGCUCAAAACCAACCAAAGCGAAGAAUCAAAAUGAUGGCUCAAAAGAGUAAACCAAAGCCAAAGCCAAACUAUGAUCGGAAAGCAAAGCACCCAAACUAUGUCCAGUUUCGGUGCAAUGUCAAUGCUUUCAACAGCAUCAUUACAGACGUAAAAGACAAGCUCAACGAAAGGGAGAAGAAGCUUCUCAAGAAAACCCCCUUCUGGAACUUGAUUGAGUUGUUUUACCACCAGAGAAUUGACAUGAAUAACAUGAAUAAGUCAGACCUUGACAUAGUACAAUUGCUCAAGAAAUUUGAUCCGGAUACAAAGUCCUUCAAAUUUGGCACCAAAUCAUUCAAGAUCACAUGCAAUGCAGUGACUCAGAUUCUAGGACUGCAAAAUGAAGGAAAAUCUGUCAAACUUGUCAAUGAUAGGUACACUGCUACCUUCAGAAUAAGGCACUUUGGAGAAAAGGGAAAACCAUCAAAAAACCAGGUAGAAGCAGAAUUACUAAAGACAAUUUCCUUGGCAAACCAACCGAAGAAAGAAAAGGCCAAGGCAGAGCAAAAGAAGAAAACGAACAAAGGAAAAGAAAAGAAAGAAGCUGAAGAAGAAGAAGAAGAAGUUGACUAUGACAAGGAGGUGGUCAGCCUAAUAUUGAUUCACCUCUGCAUGGCAUUCCUUUUUGCCAACGCUUUAUCUACUUUGCAUUGGAAAUUAUUUGAGCACUGUGUGAAUCUAGACACACUUUCAAGCUAUUAUUGGGCAAGAGCUGUUUCAGCCUACGUGAAUGAAUCCUUGGUCGCAAAAGCAAAAGCAAAAGCAAAGAAGGGAGGAGAAGCCUCUAUAGGAGCUAUUUCGGGUUGCAUUAUCCUAAUAUUGUUUCUACUGUGUGAGAGGACAAACAUAAUACAACCAAUCCUGGGCAUGGAGAAAGAAACUCCUGCCAUUCUUAAAUGGAGUCUUGUGGAACUCCACACAAUAUUCAACCAAAUAAUGGACUUGAAUGACAUCGAGGGUAUUUUGAAAGCAUAUAAAAAGAGAAAAACUACCAGAGAAGAGGGAGACCCUCUUGACAAGAAAAACGAAAAAGAAGAUGAUGAAGGACAACAAAGAGAAGCAGAGGAAGCAGAAGACCAAGGAAAACUUGAUGAUGCUGAUCAAACUCCAGAAUUAAAAGAGGCUGGAAAGAAGAAAAUGUUUGAGAAUGAAGCUGGAAAUGAACCUCUUGCAAUUCAAGACCUCUUGGUGAAGUCCAUGACAGACCAAAUCAACUACUGCCAACGUCGAGAUCCUAGCUUUGUUUUGCCCAGAAAGAUUACAACUGUGGAAGGAUGA